AUGAUAAAGAAUAUCCAGGGUACACGUUUAGGAAAAGCCGUUGGUCAUCGGGUGGUGGUUAAAUCGUUCUCCGGUGCCACCACCAAAGCUAUGAAGGAUUACCUUAAACCUAAUUUGGAGCUUUCACCGGACCAAGUGAUUCUACAUGUGGGCACUAAUGAUCUCAAAAGUAAAGAACCACAACAAGUCGCCGGCUCAGUGGUAGAUCUCGCCAGACAAAUUGAAAACUCAUCCGAUGCCACAGUAAUUAUAUCUGAGCUCGUGUCAGGAAGAGACGGAUUCAAUGAAGCCGUGAAAACAGUUUAAAAACAACUGAAGUUCUACUGCCGGCAGAAUGGAUGGAAAUUUAUACAGCAUCAAAACAUCUCCGAAAGCAACUUAACAAGGGUGGACUACAUCUUAAUUUCAAAGGUAAUCAACAGUUUUUUAAGAACUUUCAGACGAGUUUAGGUUGAAAUGAUGCGCUAUCCACCGAUGCCGUGCCUAUUCAAUGUACAAAACGCAAUACUGAGGAAUCUCAUGGGUCUACCUCAGCGUUGCCAUCUCAACGAGGUUUUAAAUUAGCCUCUUUAAAUAUCAAUAAAUUAAUCACACACAUAGAUCAACUUAGAAUUCUUCUAGCGCGCAAGGAAAUAGAUAUUUUAUCGAUUAAUGAAACUAAGCUCAAUGAAACUAUUAGCGACAAUGAGGUAAACAUCUCUGGCUAUGAUAUAAUUCGACGUGAUAGAAUUACAAACGGUGGAGGAGGAGUGUGUUUCUAUGUGAAAAGUUCAAUAAUUUUUACCAUACGAAAUGAUUUAAACAUGGACACUCUUGAAAAUCUAUGUCUAGAAAUUCAAAAACCUAGAUCUAAACCGUUUGUUGUUGCCACGUGGUAUAGGCCACCUGAUUCUCCUAUUGGUAUUCUUCACCUUUCGAAACUUUAA